AGUAGGGGUGACCCUUUGUCAGGCAGUGUUCCCCCCCGCAAGCCCCACCACCCCCAUUUCACGUCCUUAAAGGGAAGACCCUGAUUCUAAGAAGCCGAGCCCCAGGGUGAGCCCGGAGCCCCUGGGAGCCCGCAGAGCAGCCCCGCUCCCGCCGCCCCGGGCCCCGGGGGCAGAGCAGCCGCCAUGCACAUCCCCGAGAGCCUGCAGGACCUGGCGGACAGCGACGCCGUGCAGUUCCUGAAGCGGCCCAAGACCGUCACGAGGAUCUUCGCAGGGAUCUUCGCCCUCAUCGUCUUCUCCUCCCUGCUGACCGAUGGCUACCAGAACAAGACGGACUCUUCGCAGCUCCGCUGUGUCCUCAACAGCAACAACGCGGCCUGCAGCUUCGCCGUGGGGGCCGGCCUCCUGGCCCUGCUCAGCUGCCUGGUCUUCCUGGCCCUGGACGCCCACGAGGGCCACAUCGCCUGCACCCGCUUCAGGACGGCUUUCCAGCUCCUGGACUUCAUCCUGGCCGUCCUCUGGGCAGGCAUCUGGUUCCUGGGUUUCUGCUUCCUGGCCAACCAGUGGCACUACUCGCCACCCAAACAGUUCCUCCUGGGGAACAGCAGCGCCAAGGCCUCCAUCACCUUCGCUUUCUUCUCCGUCCCCAUCUGGAUAUUCCAGGCCUACCUGGCCUUCCAGGACCUCCGCAAUGACGCUCCAGUCCCCUACAAGCGCUCCCUGGAUGAGGGGGGCGUGGUGCUGACCACCCUCUCGCCGCCCUCUGCCGCCAGCCCUAUCAACACGCCCGCCACCGGCCCCAACAGCAUGAGCUACGCCAGCUCCGCCCUGUCCCCCUAUCUGACCACCGCGAAGGUCCCCCGCCUCGCUAUGAUGCCCGACAACUAGACUCGCCCGUCCCCUCAGUAAAGAGCUCACCCUCCCUGCAGAAGGGUUUCUGGAAACA